AUGGAGUGGAAUGACAAGGUAACAAUUGAGAUUGGUAUGGCAUCAGUGAGUGGUGAUGAACAGGUAUAUAUUCCAUCGGAUAAUGGGAUCAUGAGUGUUGGUUUUGUGCUGAUGGGGAAGAACCCUAUGAAUGUAAUACGAGUUAAGGUAAAACCAUCAAAUGAAUAUCUAUUUGAGGUGGUUAAAGAAGAAAAAUCAUGGAUUGUAAACCUCAAAGAUCAAACAUGCACAUGCAAUAGAUUUCAAAUGGAUGAGAUGCCAUGUGGGCAUGCUCUUGCUGUGCUGAAGGAGAUGCACCUAGACCCUUACGUUUACUACUCAGAUUACUACACAACAAAAACAUGGCUACAAGUAUAUGAAGCAACAGUAUACCCAGUAGGAAACCAACGCACUUGGGAUGUACCAAACUAUGUAAAAGAAAUAAUAGUAUUACCUCUAGAUGCAAGAGUGAAAGUAGGGAGACCAAAGAAAAGAAGUAUCAGAGCUGCUCGGGAAACUAAAAAGCAAAACAAGUGCAGUAGAUGUGGGUAA